UCUGUCAGACACGUGAUUAGUUCAGUAUGGAGGAGCUGUCCGCCGCUUUCUGAAUGACUUUCUGGUUUUAGGCGUCCGGUUCCAAGCCGCUGCAGCGCGGAUGCUUCAUGAACAGAAAAGCCGCGCGCUUCGCCUCCAGUCUGGCAGUUAGCUGGAAGACUCCUUCGACGUCUCCUCCAGAUUGGGUGGAACAUGACGAUCAUUGCCUCUUCCAAAGAAAUUAACUGACACCCCCACUUCUCUCCUCGGCUUCGCUGUCAAGUAAAGGGUGCAGAACGAUGAACUCUCACAGACGACAAAUGGACGUGGGCACAGCAGCGCUCCCCUCGCAGGUUCCCUCUGCCACCUCAGCCAUCCUUCCCAUGGACCUGCGCAUUGUAGACCACUCUCACCACCACCACCAGCAGCCUCCCUUCGGCCUGGUGUCCCAGCCCCACCCCCACUCCACGCCAGCACCCUCCACUGCCUGCCCUGCAUCAUCUGAGCCAGGCAACGGACCAAUUAUUGGACGUCAGGACCAGCACCUGCAACAGGAACUGGUGGCUCUGAAGCACAAGCAGGAGCUCCAGAGGCAGCUACUGAUCGCCGAGUUUCACAGGCAACAUGAGCAGCUGUCCCGACAACAUGAAGCCCAACUGCAGGAACAUAUUAAGAGUCAACAGGACCUGCUGGCCCUCAAGCAUCAACAAGAGCUGUUGGAGCAUCACAGGAAGAUGGAGCAGCAACGUCAUGAGCAGCAGCUGGAGAAGCAGCAGCGGGAACACAAACUCCAGCAGCUUAAACACAAGGAAAGGGGACAAGAAAGUGCUGUGGCCAGCACAGAGGUAAAGAUGCGACUUCAGGAGUUUGUCCUAAACAAGAAGAAAACCCUGGCUCAGCGAAACCUAAACCACUGUCUGCCCAGUGACCCACGCUACUGGUAUGGGAAAACUCAGCAUAGCUCUUUGGAUCAGAGCUCACCCCCCCAAACAACACUGUCAGCGUACACCCAUCCAGUGCUGGGAGCGUUCGACUCAAAGGACGACUUUCCUUUGAGGAAAACAGCAUCCGAGCCCAACCUGAAGCGUCGUUCGUGGUUAAAGCAGAAAGUGACGGAGCGCCGAAGCAGCCCUCUGCUCCGCAGGAAAGAUGGACAAAUCACUAGUGCCAAGAAGAGAUCCCUCGACAUCGCUGACUCUGCAUGCAACAGUGCACCAGGCUCGGGCCCCAGCUCCCCCAACAACAGCUCCAGUAACAUCCCCAGUGAAAACGGCGUCCCCAUCUCUAACAGCCCAGGAGAGGCCUCUCUGAUUCAGAGGCUGGCUUGCAGGGAGGUUUCGAUCAGCCAGCUGUCUCUCUACACAUCGCCUUCUCUGCCCAACAUUACUUUAGGACUGCCCGCCUCGGGCCCUGCAAGCUCUGUAGUAUCGGGACACCAAGAUGGCGAGAGUCAUUUGUCGCUGCCAGCGCUUCAGCCGGGCAUUCCACUGACCCCGGCUUUUCUGCCCACCUCCCACCUGCCAUCCUACUUGGCCUCAUCAGCGUUGGAAAGGGAGGUUCCUGGAGGGGUCGCGGCUGGCCACAGCCCCCUCCUCCAACACAUGGUGCUAAUGGAGCAGAGCCACGGAUCAAUGGUCGGUCUGGGUGGCCUCCCUCUCCAGUCUCCCACCGUCUCCAAGCUGGUGCGUGGCCACCGUCCCCUGGGAAGGACCCAGUCGGCGCCUCUUCCCCAGCAGCCGUGCGGACAGGCCCAAGCUCUGCAGCAGCUGGUGGUCCAGCAGCAGCACCAGCAGUUCCUGGAAAAGCACAAACAACUGUUCCAACAGCAGCAGCAACAGCAGCACAUCAUCAAUAAGAUUAUGUCUAAGCCCAGUGAUCAGGCUGCAGUUUCUGGGACCUCUGUGCCCGGUAGGCAGCAUCAGAGCCACCCAGAGGAGACAGAAGAAGAGCUCAGGGAGCACCAGGGACUUGCCUUGUCCUCGUCCUCAUCGUCUACUUCAUCUGGACCAGAAACAGGGUUGAUACGGGGUUUGGUCAUUAAGCAGGAACCUCCAGACCUCCAAGAGCAAGAGGAGAGGGAGCAACAGGACCAUAGGGAGAGACAGGCUGAGGGAGACUUCAUGUUUAAACAGCAAGCGAUGCUCUUAGAGCAGCAACGCAUCCAGCAGCUGAGGAGCUACCGAGCCUCCAUGGAAGUAGCUGGGUUACCAGUCAACAUGGCUGCACACCGUCCUCUGUUCAGGACUCAGUCGUCUCCGGCGUCUGCUUCCUUUCCUAUUGCAGUCCAGGAGCCACCAGUGAAGCAUCGAUUUACUACAGGUCUAGUGUAUGACUCCUUGAUGCAGAAACAUCAGUGCAUCUGCGGCAACGCCACCAUUCAUCCUGAGCAUGCCGGCCGAAUUCAGAGUAUCUGGUCCCGGCUGCAAGAAACGGGCCUCAGGGCUCAGUGUGAGUAUAUCCGUGGUAGAAAGGCCUCACAGGAGGAGCUCCAGACGGUGCACUCUGAGGCCCACGGCCAGCUGUAUGGGACCAACCCGCUGCGACAGAAACUAGACUGUUCUGUGAACCCCAUGUUUGUGAGGUUACCAUGCGGAGGCAUCGGGGUGGACAGCGACACAAUAUGGAAUGAGAUCCAUUCAUCCACAGCUGCUCGUCUGGCCGUCGGAUCUGUGGUGGAGCUGGUUUUCAAAGUAGCAACGGGGGAGCUGAAGAAUGGUUUUGCUGUAGUACGACCACCUGGACACCAUGCUGAAGAGAGCACACCUAUGGGCUUCUGUUAUUUCAAUUCUGUCGCCAUUGCAGCCAAGCUCCUGCAGCAGAGGCUUAAUGUCAGCAAAAUCCUCAUCGUUGACUGGGAUGUGCACCACGGUAAUGGCACCCAGCAGGCCUUCUACGCAGACCCCAGCGUGCUUUAUCUAUCCCUGCACCGCUAUGAUGAUGGGAACUUCUUCCCAGGCAGUGGAGCCCCAGACGAGGUGGGCAGCGGUGCGGGUUUGGGCUUCAACGUGAACAUGGCAUUUACUGGAGGGCUUGAACCUCCCAUGGGAGAUGCAGAAUAUCUAGCUGCCUUCAGAGCGGUGGUAAUGCCCAUCGCCAAUGAGUUUGCCCCAGACGUGGUUCUGGUGUCCUCUGGCUUUGAUGCAGUGGAUGGACAUGCCCCUCCUCUGGGAGGAUACAAACUUACUGCCAAAUGCUUCAGCUACCUGACCAGGCAGCUGAUGGGCCUGGCCGGCGGUCGCUUGGUGCUCGCCCUGGAAGGGGGUCAUGACCUCACAGCUAUAUGUGAUGCCUCUGAAGCCUGCAUUUCUGCUCUGCUUGGCAAUGAGUUGGACCCCAUUCCUUUUGAGGUGCUGCAGCAGAAACCAAACGCCAACGCUGUGCGCUCCAUGGAGAAAGUAAUCGAAGUUCAAAGUAAAUAUUGGCGUUCCCUGCAGCGCUCUGCUUCCACACUCGGCUGUUCUUUGAGCGAAGUGCUGCAGCACGAUGCGGAGGAAGCUGAAACUGUCUCAGCCAUGGCAUCAUUGUCUGUCGCCAACAAGCACAUCGGAAAGAGAACUGAAGAGGAGCCAAUGGAGGAAGAAGCUCCGAUGUAAAAGAAACAAACAUGGUUAUUCUUCGACCACCAAGAGCUGUGUUCAGCAUUGAAAGGCUCCUCAUCCGUCAGUCAGUCUGGAUUCCUAGUAUGUUUCUUUGUGUCACUACUGUUGGACCUGGUCGUACCUCUCAGAUGACACCAGGAGCUGAAAUAAGUGGCCUUUGAAGUGGAAGCAGACAGUAAAAGAUGAGCUCACGCCAGUUAGUUGCACACGGUUCACAUUCUAUUCGUUGGACACAAGCGCCAGUUAUCCAUCCCACAGAGUCACCCUCCAGCACCGGUGAUUUUUAAAAAAAUUUAAACACUAAACUUGUACAUUUUGACUGCAUGUCUGAACCAAACUGAUACAUACAGCAGUCUUCUACUUAUGUUUUUUUUGUGAAUUAUCGAAAGCACCUGAGCUGUUAUUAACUCUGCACUAAAGGAUGGAUUCCAGCUUUUUUAAGGCAUCCAGCUGAGAGGGAAAAACACGUUGAAUACCCUUCAUAUUUUCCGAGGUAAAGUUACACUUUUUCCAAGGAUUCAGACAGUUUCCGAGUGUCCUUUUUUUUGUUUCAUUUUGAAAUGAAUGGAUUUUCUGUUGAGCUCCACUUAUAGAGCUUUGCCUUAAGUAUGGAUUUUGGAUCAAGAAAUCUUCUCAGCAUCUACUUAGAAGUUUCUAUCCUGGCAAGACAUGAGCUGCCUGCAUGUUUCCGGCACAUAGACUCGAAGGCAUUGGCAUGUUUACCUGUAUUAUUCUGCAAGCAGUCUACUAUCUCUCCCUCCAUUUCCUUAAGUAUUCUUUCCUUUUUGUAAGAUCAUGGAAGGUAGUUCUCAGACAAAAGUAGGAGAUAAGUUUAUGAAUGCUAAAAAGAAGAGGCUAUUAUGUUUUGUGGAUAAAACUAUCUACUUUUUGCCAUUAUCAACAUAAAGAGUGGUAAAGGAAUGGGUUGAUACAGUAGAAUUUCUGCCGCAUUUCUAGGAUUAUUAAAGAGUGUAAUUAGCCUCAUCUGGGCCAAUUUGUUUUAACCGUCCCACCUGGGAUUCUCCAGAGGGGUUUUCUGGAGCUGUUGUAGCUCUCACAGCUGGUUAAGCAUCUUUAAGUACUCGUUAGAAACACAUCUGUUACCCAAAUGUCAGGUGCUGUGGAGCAGGUAGCCGAACAUCCCCGACUGGUCAUGUAUAAUGAAAUGCAAGCUGUUCUUCAUCAAUAUGAAGCAGUGCACACACCAACUAUGAUUGUACAUUUAUAACCAAUUUAAGAUUUAUUGGAUCAGAUUUUAUGUUUCCUGUCCUCCAUUUUUCGUGUCUUUAAAGAGCAGAGGGUUGUUUGUAAGGCUACAUUAUCCACUAGGGGGCAAACUGCCUUAAGUGGCCUCAGGAUUUUAUUUUGAAAGCGAGAAGCUUCAGACUCAAUGCCACUCUGAGAUAUAAGCCGAAACCAUUUCUGGUUUAUGCAUAACGGAAAAAAGCGCUGUUUAAUUUGUACAGUUGAUUGCAGUCUGCAAGUUUACCACUAGAUGGCAAUAGAACAGUCAACUAGUGCUUAUAUCUUUCUAAAUCCAGGAUUAUGUUUAGUUUGUGCAUUAUGGACACGGGGAUAUGUUUAAAUUGUUAUACUUUAACCACAUUUUAAUUUAAAAA